AUAAAAACUUCUGCCUCCGUUUGUUCCCAUUGCAGUUCGCCCUUCUCUUCCUCCCUCGCCACUCCUUCUGUUCAGAUCUCGCCGACGAUUUCUCGUCGGAGGUGUUGAAAAUCUCCGACCGAUUUCCGUGAAUUUCGAUGAGCGGAGGAGCGAGCUCCAUGCCCCCGUUGCCCGUCUGCUGUUUUCCUCCUUUACUCCCUCUUGGUCUCUAGUUUCCGACGUUCAGUGGUUCGGCGAAAGAACUAGGGUUUCUGUAUCAGAUCUACGGCAUUCUUUGUAGGAUUCAUCAGGCUGGGGUUAGGGUGUGCAGGAAAAGAUGGAGAAGUCGUGCAGCCUCCUCGUCCACUUUGAUAGCGGGGCUCCAGCCCUUGCGAACGAGAUCAAAACCGCUCUGGAGGGCAAUGACGUCGAGGCGAAGAUCGACGCCCUGAAGAAGUCAAUCAUGCUAUUGCUGAAUGGCGAGACCCUGCCUCAGCUCUUCAUCACGAUUGUCCGGUACGUCCUGCCGUCGGAAGAUCACACGGUGCAGAAGCUCCUGCUUCUGUACCUGGAGAUCAUUGACAAGACCGACGCCAAGGGAAAGAUCCUUCCCGAAAUGAUCCUGAUCUGCCAAAACUUGAGGAACAAUCUGCAGCAUCCGAAUGAGUACAUCCGCGGGGUUGCCCUUCGGUUCCUGUGUCGUCUGAACGAAGCCGAACUUAUCGAGCCGUUGAUCCCUUCCAUCCUGGCGAAUCUGGAGCAUCGCCAUCCGUUUGUUCGCAGGAAUGCAAUCUUGGCGAUCAUGUCGGUGUACAAACUUCCUCAAGGGGAUCAAUUGCUCGUGGAUGCUCCCGAGAGCAUUGAACGCUUGUUGACGACGGAGCAAGAUGCGUCUGCCAAGAGGAAUGCUUUCCUCAUGCUGUUCACGUGCGCCCAAGAUCGAGCAGUCAAUUACCUCUUGACUCACCUCGAUAACGUACCAAAUUGGGGGGAAUUGCUUCAAAUGGUAGUCCUAGAAUUGAUCCGCAAGGUCUGCAGAUCCAAUCCUGGAGAAAAAGGCAGGUACAUUAAGAUCAUUAUCUCUCUUUUGAAUGCACCCUCAGCAGCUGUGGUCUACGAGUGUGCUGGUACGCUUGUUUCACUAUCUUCAGCACCCACCGCUAUUAGAGCGGCUGCAAAUACCUAUUGCCAGCUUCUUCUCUCUCAAAGCGAUAAUAAUGUGAAGCUUAUUAUUCUCGAUCGGCUGAACGAGCUUAAGGUAUCUCAUAAAGAAGUCAUGAUCGAUAUGAUUAUGGACAUACUGAGAGCGCUCUCUAGCCCUAAUUUGGACAUUCGGAGGAAAACACUUGACAUUGUGCUUGAGUUGAUCACCCCUAGAAACGUGGAUGAGGUCGUUCUCACCCUUAAGAAAGAAGUUGUGAAGACACAGAGCGUCGAGCUGGAGAAGAAUGGGGAAUACCGGCAGAUGCUAGUUCAAGCAAUUCAUUCAUGUGCAAUUAAGUUCCCAGAAGUGGCCAGUACUGUCGUGCAUCUUCUGAUGGAUUUCUUAGGCGAUAACAAUGUCGCCUCUGCAAUGGAUGUGGUUGUGUUUGUGCGGGAGAUCAUCGAAACAAAUCCGAAACUUAGAGUAUCAAUAAUUACUAGGCUUUUGGAUACGUUCUAUCAGAUUCGUUCAUCUAGAGUUUGCUCGUGUGCCCUUUGGAUCAUUGGCGAGUAUUGUCUCUCUGCAUCGGAGGUUGAAAAUGGCAUUUCAACAAUUAAACAGUGUCUGGGUGAUCUCCCUUUCUUCUCGGUGGCAGAUGAAGGGGAGAAUGCUGAUUCCCAAGGGGCCGCCUCCUCUAAGCCACAGCAGGCAACUGCUGUUACAGCCUCUUCCAGAAGGCCCGCUAUUCUAGCCGAUGGAACCUAUGCCACACAAAGUGCUGCUUCUGAAACUGCCACUGUGUCACCUACCCUUGUCCAAGGAUCACUGGCUUCAAUUGGGAACUUGAGAUCGUUGAUUCUUAGUGGUGAUUUUUUCCUUGCUGCUGUUGUGGCCUGUACGUUGACUAAGCUUAUUCUGAGACUGGAGGAGGUGCAUUCCUCGAAAGCAGAAGUCAACAAAGCAUCUGCCGGGGUUAUGCUUAUCUUGGUUUCCCUUUUGCAGCUUGGUGAUUCCUCUUUUCUUGCUCACCCUAUUGACAAUGAUUCUCGUGAUCGAAUUGUCUUCUGCUUGAGGAUAUUAUGUAACACUGGCAAUGAGGUAAGAAAGAUAUGGUUGCAAUCAUGCCGGCAAAGUUUUGUACAGAUGCUUUCCGAUAAGCAGUUCCGUGAAGCAGAGGAGAUAAAAGCAAAGGCUCAAAUAUCACAUGCUCAGCCAGAUGACCUCAUUGACUUCUAUCACUUGAAGAGCAGAAAAGGCAUGAGCCAACUUGAAUUGGAAGACGAAGUGCAGGAUGACCUGAAAAGGGCCACAGGUGAAUUCACCAAGGAUGGAGAUGAUACCAAUAAACUGAAUCGCAUUCUUCAACUGACUGGAUUCAGUGACCCUGUAUAUGCAGAAGCAUAUGUUACUGUUCAUCAGUAUGACAUUGUUCUUGAUGUUACAAUUAUAAAUAGGACAAAGGAGACACUGCAGAAUCUUUGCUUGGAGCUGGCAACAAUGGGAGACCUCAAACUUGUGGAGCGUCCUCAAAAUUAUACUUUGGCCCCUGAAUCAAGCAAACAGAUCCGGGCUAAUAUAAAGGUCUCUUCCACUGAAACUGGUGUCAUAUUUGGGAAUAUUGUGUAUGAGACAACAAAUGUCCUUGAUCGCACUGUUGUUGUCCUUAAUGACAUUCAUAUUGAUAUCAUGGACUACAUAUCUCCUGCUACAUGUGCUGAUGUGGCAUUCAGAACAAUGUGGGCAGAAUUUGAAUGGGAAAACAAGGUGGCUGUAAAUACUGUAAUUCAGGACGAAAAAGAGUUUCUUGACCACAUUGUUAAGUCUACAAACAUGAAAUGCCUCACACCUCGGUGUGCACUAGAGGGCGAUUGUGGGUACCUAGCAGCUAAUCUCUAUGCCAAGAGUGUCUUUGGCGAGGAUGCUCUUGUCAAUGUAAGUGUCGAGAAGCAGUCGGAUGGUAAGCUGACCGGGUAUAUUAGAAUCAGAAGCAAGACACAGGGAAUUGCUCUUAGCCUAGGCGACAAGAUAACUCUCAAGCAGAAAGGCGGUUAAAUCUGUUCUUUAUAUAUAUGCCCCGGUGGAACUUCUGUCAUGAAUUUGUGAUGGGAGUUUUUCACUUUCAGACAUGUUUACAUCACCUUUGCUCGAGGUAAUUGUGUUCUGUUGUCGUCAGGAGCGGCAGAGUAAUUGAUUCAUAUACUUCCCUGAAUCAGCCAUUUUUUUCUGAUUUUUGAGAGUUUUGAGGCCUCCUAGGGCUCGGUUCUCUUGUCCAUUCCAUUUUCUUUUCUGUUAGUUCAAUAUGGUUAGUUGUAGUUUUAUGCUUUAUGAGGUAAUAUAGAGGUUUGUAUCAGCUAUCGGGAACCGAGUGCUUCAUUUAUUGAACAUGUUUGGAAGACAUUUUAUGCUCGCAGACAUUUUUUGUCAUAUGUAAUUUUAUUUUCUCA